GAUCGAUCGCGACUGCCGCGAGAUCGGCAUGGCCACGAAGGACGGCAACGGGAAGACACUCCUGGUCGACUUCCUGCAGAUGCGCGAGCUCGCGCAGGUCCCGGGCGCAGCAGGUCGCACGGUCGACGCGGAGGUCCUCCAGGCUGCCAACAGCGUUCCCAUGGCGGCCGACGAGCUCGCGCCGCAUACGUCGCAGCUGAACGGGAAGGCGUGCUUGGGCAAGCUUGCCCCCAAGUUGGAGGACUACCUCAGGAACGGCCCAGGCUUUGCACUGGACUACGGCCACGUCGUGCAGUGCGGCUCCGAGGCGGGCUUGCAGAAGCUGAGGGGGCGUUGUCUUGCCCCCCUCCCUACGGCCGUCGGCGACCACAACGUCGCCGUCGCGGUGGACCAGCUCACCUUCGUGAAGCAGUCGGCCGCGCACAGGUUCGUCGACGGCACGGCCGAAGGGCAGGUGAAUCUCUGCCGCGAGUUCAUGGCCGACGUCAAGGACAGGCUCCAGUGCUUCGCGCGCGAGACGAAGCCGGGGGAGAACGAGGGCGUCGAGGUGGAGCUCAGCGGCGCGGACGCGCUCACCCACCAGUUCCAGGCGGUCUCGGCGCGCAAGGCCGCCGGUGAGACGGUGCCCGAGCCCGAGCUCCGCAUCUCCCACACUUACGCUUGGCUCCUCACCAGCGAGCAGAAGCGGCAGCUGGGCGCGCGGGUGCAGGCUCAUUGGAAAGCCGUCGGCGCCCCUCCAGCGAAGGCAUCCCUUCCGCAGGGGCCGGCUGCCAAAGCGAAGGCCGGCAGUGCGUCUUCCCCCAGCGCCGGCCCGGCAGCAAAGGCAAAGGCCAAGGCAGACAGCAAGGAGUCUACGAGCUCCUUCUUCAAGAAGAAGACGUCGUAG